AUGCCGCGGAAGCGGCGGCUCCGGCCGCCGGCGCCGCUGCCGGAGGAGGAGCGGCUGCUGCUGCUGCAGGCGCAGGCGCUGGCCGAGGAGGAGGCGGCCAAGAAGAAGAGCGAGAUGCUCACGCAGUUCCUGAAGGACAAGCUGACCAAGGAGGAGCAGAGCAGCGCCCUGAACCUCAGCAAGAUCAACACGCAGUGGCGCGCGGUGCUGCGCGCGGCCAAGGCGCGGGAGCUGCGCGCCGACCUCGAGAUCUUGAGCCAGACCUUCGCGCGCGUCGCCGACUGCAAGGACAGCGUCAUCCAGUCCCUGGCCAGGGAGCUGGCGGAGGCCGAGGCGCAGCACGGCCGGGCCCUGUGCAGCCACCUGCGCAACGUGGACCGGCUGCUGCAGCUGCAGCGCUGCCGCCUGCGCUACCUGCGCGAGGACUACGACGCCGAGCUGCUGGCCCUGCAGAGGGACUUCGAGCUGGAGAGGAGAGCCAUCGUGGAGCAGCACAAGCAGGAGUGCAGCUACCUGCAGGGCGUCAUGCUGGCCGUGGAGCAGAACUUCGUGGAGAACAACUACGAGGCCACGCUGAACUUCCAGAGCGCCUGGGACGACAUUAAGAACAAGCAACUGGAGGAGAAGCAGCUCAGCCGCCUGCACCUGGGCAGCAAGGUGGAUUCCCUGUGGAAGCAGUUCCAGCAGGUCCUGCACAGCUACACGGAGGCCACGGAGGACCGGAAAAUCGCCUUCGAGGUGCUCAAGCAGAAGGACGAGAAGAGCUCCAAGGAGAUAGAGAUGCAGACGCGGAAGUUGCAGAGGCUGCAGGACUCCAUCGCGGCGGCGCGGGGCCGGCUGGCGACUCGCCUGCAGGAGAGCGAGGAGCAGAACCGGCAGGUGCGGCGCGACAAGGACGUGGUGCUGCGGCGGCUGCAGGCGCUCAAGAAGGAGCUGGCGCGGGCGCGGGCCGAGGCACGCGGCGGCCUGGCCGCGCUCACGGCGCAGAGCGGCGCUGCCCUCGCGGCGCUGACGCGCGCGGUGGCCAAGGCCGAGCGCAUCCUGCGGCUGGCCGAGAUGUGCCGCAAGCUGGAGGCGGAGGAGGAGAAGGUGCUGCCCUUCUACGCCUGCUCGCUGGGCGAGCAGGAGCAGCGGGACGCGGAGCAGCUGCUCCAGGAGACGCCUGCGGAGCCUCUGGCGCAGGCCCUGCGGGACUACGCAGCCAUGGAGCGUUUCUGGCAGCGCUUCAACAAGGCGAAGCUGGAGGAGCUGGCGCUGGCGCGGGAGAAGGCGGCUCUGAGCCUCCGCAACGGGCGCCUGCGGCAGCUGCUCCGCCAGUACCUGCAGGGCAUCUCGGUGAGCGACGAGGUGCUCCGCGAGCCCAACGCGCUGCUGGCCGCGCGGCCCCACGGCCCCGGCGCCCGGCCCCGCGCCCGCGAGGGCCCCACGCGCAACCUCGUGGAGGCCGCGCACGUGGCCUCGCGGCUGCUCUGAGCCUCCUCGCCGGCGAGGCCGCCAGCCGCCCCACGAGCGGCACGGGGACCGUGGUGGCG